AUGGGCUAUACGUGGUUCUUGUGCCAAUGCCAGAUUGGCCUCUACGCCAUCAACGCCGUGCCGCUCCUGACCAAAUUUCUCACCAUCCUCCGCGCGGCCACCUCGAGGAGGGAGCAUGAAGUGACCGGUGGAUACCACACCAUGGGGUCGAACUGGCAGCACAUCAACCCAGUCUUGUGGGUUGUCAUGUGCUGCCUGGUUGGUCUGGCGUAUUUCUAUCUCCUAGUCCGCAUGGCCAGGACCUGCGAGGAGUUUCUCCUGUUGUCUGAAGCCCACGCCUUGAAACAGGGAUUGCGGCUCCGUCCCAUCUUGCGUUCACGAUGGCCCGCCUGGCAGCGACAGAGCCCAGGGACGAGGAAGGCAUUGCUUGCGCCGAUUGCGCUGGCGAUCGUCGCCGCCAUCGUGGCGACCAUUGGGCUGCCCUGGGGAGGAACCAUCGUGCCCCUGGGGCCGUCAUACCCCCUCUCCGCCCUCAAUGAAACCUUCUACUACGGUCUGACGGAGAAGAGGGUCGCCAAUCCUCAUCGCACGGCGGAACCGGAAUAUGGAGUCGAGGGCCAACCUGUACCGACCUUUCUCCGGAACAGCGCCCUCUACCUUGCCGACGAGCAACUCGGCGAACUCGACGCUCUCCUCGAGACAAGCACGGAGAAGAUACGCCAGCGAUACUCGUCGCCACCACGGCACCGGCCCGGGUCAAGUCACGGUGAAACCACCAGGGACAUGGAAGAGGGAGACGACAAGCCCUUCCGUCUCGGCCAGAACCUCUUCAAGACGACGGCCACUGAGGGUCUCGGCUUUGCGACGGCCACCUUCUUCUCCGAGCUCAACACGACCCGUCUGGGCCUCCCCUCGUACCUCGCGCCGCGCGACCUCGAGGAGUGCGGGUUCUCCGUGGCCGAGUUCAAGCGGCCGGACUCGCUGCACCGGCGCGGCUCCGUCGUGGAAGGCGAGCCGUUCGUCGUGGGCAGGCAGUGCCUCGACGGCCUGUUCGCGUACCCGCCGGCCGCGGCCGUCAACCACCUGCUGCGGCGGCGGGGCAACGCGCUCGCGCGGGCGGCGCAGGUCUGGCACCCGCGGAACAGAAGGGCGCUCGAGGCCGUGCUGGGCGAGGUGGCACAGGGCUACUACAGCCUCCUGCGACAGCGGGUCGAGAGGGCUGACCUGCGGCUGACGGCCGACCAGGUGGCGGAUGAGAGGGCCGUGUGGAAGAACGUGGGCAUCAUGCUGCGGACGGACCUGAACGAGUGGAUGAGGGACAUCUGUGUGUUCAUCCUGCAGAUGAUGAGGUACGUUUUGCAGUUCCUGAUGGUACGGGCGUAUGUGCCUACCCUGCUACGGUGGUUCAGCUUCGCGAGACCGCUGGGCUACGAGACGGUUGAAGCGCCAGAGCAAAUGGAGGUAAAGGAUGCGAAGGAAAGGACCGAGGAAGACGCUGGCUCAGAUGAAGCUGCUUUCGAGAAGCCACCAGCAAAAGAGUCUUCCCAGGAGACGGUGUGA